CACGAGUCCGGCAAUUGGAGGCAACGCAACGAAGCAAUACGCAAGAACCGAAAAAAAUGGCGCUUGGCAAAAGCCGCCAAAGAUCCAUCGCGGGUGCAUCGGCAUCGACCGCAGCCAAAACCAAAACGAAGCCGGUGCUCCCAAUGAUGUCGUUGCUAGUCUCCUUGUUGCUCUGCACCCGGCACCAACCGAGCGCUUUGGUAGAAUCGUGGUCACCAAAGAACGCCGCUCCCGUUGUUUCUCGGGGCACGGGGCACGGCCGCCGACCAGUGGCUUUCGAACCCUUUCGUUCCCCGGGGCUCGCCCGGCCCCUGAGCCGCACCAUUCGUUCGGCCGGAACGGCCCCCGGCGAGGAACCCGGCGGCGACGAUUUUAUCGAGAUCGAGAGCCUCUCGGCCGGACAGGUUCUGGAACUGAUCGAGCUCUCCUUCUUCCAGGCCUGCUACGCACUCUCCAAGGGGGACGUCCAGCCCCUCAAGCUCUUUGUGGUGGCCGUCGUCACGGCGUCCAAGAAGUAUCCGGGCGCCACCGCCGGGGUCGUCUGCGAGUGCGUCGACGCCCUUCCCCCGUCGGUGCGGACCCUGGACGAAACGGAGCGGGACCUCCGGGAGACGUGGAUCCGCGCCGUGUACCUGGUCAUGGAACACGUCCUCGGUACCGAAGACGACGAGGAAGACGACCGCGAGCCCGGAAAAAGCGUGGCUUCCACCUACGGCCCGAUCCUGGCCGACCUGGUGGGUGUGCACCAGACCGGAAUGGGGCUGAACGCGAACCGGUUCGUGGAGUCCCGGAAAGACCUGCUCUUUCCGGACACCGGCGAGAAAGCAAAAGGCACCGGCAGAAACAUCCUGGCACUGGAAGACACCGAGCCCGGGAUCGACGAGGAGGAAAUGGUCCGGUUGGCCGUCGUGACGCAAACCGUCAACGUCCUGUUCACGACACUGGUGGUGCUGGGAGAGGAGGAGGAAGACGGCGGCGACAACGAACCAAAGAACCAAACGAAACCCAAGUCCAGCAGCGGAAGGGGGUUUGGAUGAGAGAGGAAACAAGGUUGUGUGGUGCGAGCGGCAACCGGUUCCGGUCCGGUGUUUGCGGAACGAGACGAGGAUUGAAACAGGCCCGUCGAGCUGGAAGAGUGGGCAACGCAGUGCCUCCGAAGACCGGGUCGACGGGUUUCGCACAAUCGUGAUGCCAAAGAUCGCGAGGAUCGUCGUGGUGGAUUCAGAGGACCACCGAGACAAGAAAUCCGGAAAGAAGAGCGAUCUUUCCUACAGUACCAGACUUGGUGGAUAUUUUUUCAAAUUCAAAAAAAAGUGCAAAUUAUAAU